GAUACCAAAACGUAAACAAAUGUCAACGCGCUAUACAUGAGAUUGUGUUGGUUUAUAAACGUGUUGUUGACAUUUUUUGUAGUAUUUAUCGUAGAGAUAGGCAAAAUAAGGGUUUUCAUUGCUUCAUAAAUGCAGCUUUAAAGAAUAGUUAGACGACGAUGUACUUACUAGACCUUAAGAAUUAUUUUGUGCGAGUAUGCAAAACCUGUGGUACGAAGUAUUGUUUAAACGUGUGUAAUAGUGCUAAUCGUGCAUUCAGGACCAAUGAAAAGCGUAUGUGGCAUUCUUAGCGCCGAAUUACGGCUACACUUCCGUUUAAAGAAUACAUUAGACUCUUACCACUGGAAGUUGUAGCACGGUGAUACAGGAAUCUACUAGGGACGCCCGGAAAUCAAUAUGGAAGAGACAGGAGGAGAUGACAUGGAAGAUGAUGAGACAUUCACUAGCCCAUUUCCAAAUAAUGAAAUAAGUAAGGAAGAACGGCAGUUGAAGGCCAAUACUAUUUUUCAAAGAGAGUUUGACAAACAGUUAGAUGAACUAGAGAAACAGAUAAUACGCCACGAAUGCAGUAUAACACUUGUGAAAAAGUACCUUAACAUUAUUCGCUGCCAGCUACUAUUGAGAGGAGUUGGGGAUGACAAGUUUAUUUUUGGUGCAGGGGCCUAUCAUUUUAUUAAUACCCGUAAAAGAGCAGAAAAACAAAAUGUGAAAAAUAAAAGCAUUUCUACAGGAAUUCAGCCCGAACAGAUUCCUUGUAUAAAAGAUGAUAGUUUAUGUGGAAACAACAACAGAGUUCUGGAAACAGAAGUAAAGUCAGCUUUGACUAAGAACAACAACAGGAUUGCCAGAGAACUUCACCAGAAGUCAGAGUGUCACAUAAGAGGGAGAAGAUUUAAGAAGCUUCAAAGGUUUGUUGUUGGAAAUGUUUCUCAGUGGUGCCCUGAAAGACAGUACCAAGUUAGUGCUCCAUACAAAUGGAUGUUAUAUAUAAGGGGCCCAAGAGAGGAUCCAGAGAUCUCAAAAUAUGUGACAAAGGUUUCAGUCUUCCUUGAUCCUUCAUAUUACCCAAACAAUGUUGUGCACAUGAUAGAACCGCCCUUCCAUCUUGUGAGACGAGGAUGGGGAGAAUUCCUUGUUCGUAUAGUUAUAUUUUUUUAUUUAUCAAGAAACAAACCAUUGACAAUUUACCAUAGAUUGCAACUUGAUCGGACCCAGUGUGGAUACCAGAGAGGUGCACCAGAGACCAUUGCUGAUUAUUGGAUAUACACUGAUAUACCACGAAAUAGUGUUAAUUUAGACAGUGUUGUUCGAUUAGGUUACAAAAAGGAAAAUGUGACCAUAAAGGAAGACAGAGAUGAUGGAAAUAAAUUAAAAGAAUCAAGUUCAAAAGAGAUUGACCAUCAUUUUAUAAAGGAUAGUGUGUCUAAUGUCAAUUUGCGCCAAACAAAGCGGAUGUCAGUAACUGAGUUGCUGAGAUUAGUUGGUGGCAUUGUAACUGAACAUAACUAUUCUUCAUUGUAUAACCCAGAGAAAAUAAUUCGAAGUAAACCCAGUCAGCAAGUCCCACUUGUAAAGCCAUUUCAGAUAUUGAUUGAAGGCAAAUCGGGAGUUUCUGUACUUAAAACAUCAGCAAAACGUAGUGCUUCAGGUGGUCCACCUAAGAAGAGACGCAUGUUAACAAAAAGUUCAUCUGAGAUUGAAUAUGAUAAGCUUUUCAGAUUAGCUGCAGAGAAGGGUAAGACUCUCCCAUGGCACCAAGCUGUAAGCUUCUUACUUCACCGACUUCCCCUGGUGACAGAUAAAGCAGCUUCUCAAGAAUAUUUGAGGUUUCAUCCAUACGCUGCCAAAUCAGUGGAUCAGUAUCACUCUUGGAGUAUGGCAAGACAAUGUGCCGCACAGUAUUACCGAUCGAAGAUGAUAAAAAAUGCACUGUUUGGGUGUGAUUCAUCUGAAAAAUCCUGGACAUGCAAAGAGAUUGUGAUUUAUGCAAGGAGACAUGGUUAUGUUCCCUACCCAAAAAUAAAAUUAGUUCAGGAUGGAUGUGAAAAGAAAUAUGUUAAGAUUUCUGCAAGUGACAGCAUGUGCUAUAAAUUGAGUAGGAAACAGAAAACUUUCCCGAAAAGUAGUGCAGAAAAGGAUGCUAGUGCUGUGAUUAACAGUAAACCUGAACGUGGAUGUAAAGUUAAGAAAAAUAAAAUGAGUCUUGACAAAAAUAAAGGUGACACCACCACUGAUACAAAAAAUAUAGCUGUAACAGAAAUCACAAAGAAAGAAACUACUUCAGUCAACAAGGAUUAUACUCCAUUAAUCAGACCAAAAAAUAACCCAGCUUUGGAGUUCAAGACAAAUGAAAAUAAAAUAUUUAAAGCUGAUGCAAAAAAGAUGUAUAAAAGUAAGAAGAAGAGAUCUGAAACACAGAUUAACAAAGACAAUCUUCUACAGAAUUUGAAAAGACUGUGUAUGAAGCCGACAUUGUGUGAACCAAAGAGAGUACUAGAGUUCAUAUAUGCAAAUGAUGAAGAUGAUGAUGGCUGGAAUGAUGAUCCCAGGGAUGUGGACAUCCUUUCAGUGUACAAUAUAGCAGAUGGAGGAGACUCUUUGAGUGAAGAUAUACUGGAAGUGGAUAAUGACCGUGCACAGCUGUGCCACUUUGUCCGAAAAAGUUUGAAGUGGCUUAGUCUUUGGCAUGGUCCAAAACCAAAUCACUAUACAGUACCAGAAAUCUUAGUAGCAAUUGCUGCAGAAUUAUUUAUGGAGGAUAUUUUUAGGAGAACACUGGAUGUAGCAUGGAACCACUAUGAUCCAAAGGGGAAAACUCCUGUGACCAUUUACCUGAGGGACGCCUUAGUGGCACUAAAAAGAAGAAAACAGUUUGAUAUAUUCAGUAACUGUGGACUUGGGGUUGAUGAUACUAGACAAAUGGACAAGUAAAAUUCAUUUGUAUAGCGUUCUGAAAAAUCUGUGAUAACUGUUUGUGUUAAAAAAA